AUGAAAGCGCCGGAAAAAGAUGAAGCAGUUGCCAACCAUCCCAAGAGCGCCAAGGGCGCAGAGAUCAUUGGAAAAAGAAUAGAAAACAUGAAGAUCAAUAAGCAGAAUGAAGAUAAAGAAGCAGUGAAGGAGUAUCUCUCCAGUAUUGAUAACGAAGUGCUAACAAAACUUAGCUGUUUCUCUGGCCUUGGAUACUAUUUAGCAAAACUGAAGCUUAAAGUUAACAAAUUCUAUUUUAUUUAUACCAUAUUAACAAUAAUUAACUUUGCUAUUUACGUAAACAGAGGAAUAAUUCCUGGAUCAUAUGAUUUUUUAUCUUCUUAUCUGAGGGAGAAAUAUGCAACAUCUAAUGUAGAUGUACACAUAGGGUUCUUAACAUCCGUUUUUGUUUUUGGAUUAAGUAUAAGCUCCAUCAUUAGUGGUUCGCUUGCUUCAACUUAUAGCGUAUUUAGGAUAACAGACAUUUUUCUUUUUCAAAAUUCCUUAGCCUUACUCAUGACUGGUUUUUCCUUCAUCAUUGGUUCGUACUACUCCCUAAUGUUUAGUAGAUUCUUUUGUGGGUUCAGUGAAGCAGCAUUCAUUACCAUUAUCCCUCCUCUGAUUUAUUCAUAUUCGAAAGAUCGGGCUGGAUCCUGGAUUAGUAUUUUCAUAACCAUGUUUCCUUUGGGGGGGUGUAUGGGUUACCUGCUUGCAGUUCUAUUACCCACAUUUAAAAUUAGUAUAGCACAGUACUUUACUGGUUCCGGGGUUAUCUUCAUGAUUUUCUUCUUUCUGUUUUACCUGUUUGAUGAGGAUUUAUUAAAAAAGUAUGAGGACGAGAAGAGCAGGAAGGAGCAGCAGUUGAGACAGAUGAAACAGGGCGAUGCCAUCAAGGAUGUAACGGAGGAAGAGAAGAACAAAGGGAAGCUAGCGAAGGGAGGUGUUUCAUCUGGUGGAGCAAAUUCCGGCACAACAAACAAGGGGGUCAGUCAGAAAGGUACAAGUGUCACUAAAUCCGAGGCGGCAAACUCAGCCACGAACUCCGCGACCACCUCGGCCACCAGUACCCCCGCGGGAGUAGUACCCAGAGAUAGAGCGAUCCCUAUAGAUGCGAGUAAGGACAGUUCGGGGACGAGCACCCCCAGUGGUACAUCUCAACUCGCGAAUAGUAGAAUGCAAAGCGGAAAAACGCAAAAUAGUGGUGGCCACAAUAACCACAAUUUGACGAAAAAGACAGAUAAAGGAAUCAUCUCCAAGCAAAAAUCACUCGACGAGGAAAUGCAUAUCAGAAAGAGCGGCACGAACAGCAGUUCCGUACUAUACGACGAAAUCAUGCACCAAACAAGUGAUGGAGUGAGCUUUAACAAAGCCAAAUCUUUCAGUUCUGCGAAGAAAAAUUACAGUGAUCUAAACAGUAAUGCCUAUAUGGGAGAAAUAGACUUAGAAGCGAACGAAGACCAGGAACAGGAAUAUAUAAACAACAACAGUUACAUUAAUAAUAACCUGGAUAAAAUGUAUCUUAGCAAAUCGUUUGGAAACGAGGGGGCAUAUAUGAAUACAACUCAGGAAUCUUAUGAUAGAACAAAGAAGGAAAACAAAUAUUUAGAAAUAGAGCUAGAUAACUGUAUCGAAUCUAUGGACGAUGAGAAAAACAAUGAACACCUAAAUUUAGGUCUCCUUGUAAAUACAACCUUAACAAACAUUAGUUUCCUAAUAUUAGUUAUUGCACUAACGGCACACACAGACAUGGUUCAAUCCUACUUGGUUUAUGGUGCACCUAUCCUCUAUGCGUUAAAGAUUUUCCCUUCGUACAAAGCGGCCACAGUGUUCUGCAGUUUAUGCGCUUGUCUAUCCUCCAUUAUUGGUAACUGCUUAGGAGGAUUCCUCAUGGAUUCAUACAAUCUUAAUAUACAGAAUGUCGACAAGAAUUAUGAACAUAUAAAUAGUAAUGAGAAGAAAAUUAAAAUUUACAGCAAAGAUGUGUUGGUGUACGAGUACCUGCGUAUUAUUGGUUUUCAGACUUUCAUCAUUUUAAUUAUUGCCAGUUCUUUGGUUAUGCUAAUUCCUUUUAUUACCAACAUAUAUAUGUUCACCUUCGUCAUGACCCUAGGGAUGACAUUUCUCUUCUCCGCCAUGCCUGGCCACAACAUUGGAGUGAUGGUGUGCGUGCCUCAGAACAUUCGCGCCUUCUCCAUAGGAAUGUCUUCCUUUAUUUCACAUCUGCUUGGCGACAUCCCUUGGACGAUUAUCAUCGGCAAGAUUAAGGGAACUCUGUCUCCUGAUUGCGUCGUUACGAGAAAUGGAGAACUGAGCGAGCGCUGCUUCCAACAAAGCAGAGGUCUGCGAGUAACUCUUUUCAUAAUUUGCUCCAAGUCGCUCAUCAUGGCGUUGGCUAGCUUCCUCCUGAAUGUAUAUGCAAAGAAGAAAAUUAUGAGAUACAAGAAUAAGCAAAACAAUAGGGCCUGA